AUAAAGUCUACUUAGGUUAAACAUUUGAAAUCAGGAGAGUUAUCUUAUGAGCUUUUCAGAAGAGGUAAAAAUGUCCCAAUUAAGACAGUAGAUGAUAAGAGAAAGAUGGUAAGGGCUUUGUUGGCCAAGGAGGCCACUUCGUCUUCAAGUUUAGUCGAUUUGGUUAAUAAUGUAGUAGAUCCUGAGAAGGAGUUGUGUGAGAUUAAGUCGAUUAUGGAAGAUUUACAUAGUAGUGCUCAAACAAUGAAUGUAGAAUAAACUAAGGCUGAUUUUCUAGAUUUGAGACAAGGUCUUCACAUUUAGAUACCAGAUUAGAGAAUUUUCCUAUGAAUGAUGUUGAGGAAGAUGUAAAAAAGUUUGUCAAUGAUUGUAAAGAUGAUUUGUUGAUGUUUAAGGGUGAUGUUUUAGAAAAGGAAGAAAUAUCUUAUGAAUUAGUAAAACCAUCUACUAGUAGCCCCGUCUCAGUCUCUGUAGAUUCCAGUAGUACAGUUCCAGCCUCAAUAAUACAAGUUUCAACUACGGUCAUUAUUUCUAAUUUACAUAUUAAGUUUAAUGGUGAAAUAAAGCCCUUCCCACAUUUUUAGAAAAAGUUAGAGAUUCUGCUAGGUCUAGGAAUAUUUCCGAAGACAUCCUGUUUUUGUUUAGCCAUUGAGUUAUUUGAAGGUAAUGCUGCUAUUUGGUAUAGGAGUGUUAGAGAUAGAAUUAAUAGUUGGGAUGAGUUAAUAGCCCUCGAAUCUACUUUUUUGCACCCAGAUUAUAAUGAUAAUCUAAUAGAUGAAAUUAAAAGUAGAAAGCAAAAAGAAAUGAAUCCAUAACCAUUUAUUCAGCAUUGAUGGAAAACCUUUUUAAACGUUUGAAAACAUACCCUAGUGAAGCCCAAAAGGUGAAAAUAAUGAGAAAAAAUAUUUUAGUGGACUACAUUCCACUGAUAGCCCUACAAGAUUUUGCUACAGUAGAAAUGUUAGUAGCAACUAUAAAACGUUUGGAGCAGAAUGUCCUGCCCUUGUUGCAGACUACUAAAGGUCGUGCAGGUAUUUCAAUUGAUGACUCGGAAAAGCCCAAAGAACAAGUUCAUGUGAUAAAUAAUCAAAAUAAGCAAGACAGAAGUAAAGUAGGUAACAGACAGGACAGAGAAAAUAAUUCUUCUAGGAGACCCAAUCCCAAAUAUAUGUAUGAAAAUGAUAGACCCAGUCCACCAGAAAAUACUGAAAUAAGAAAUCAGUCUUUUUCAUCUCCAACCCCAAUGAUGCAAUCUUUUUCAUCCCCACCUCCAGUAAUACAAUCUGCCCCUUAUCAAGCUCCCAGAAAUCCGAAAAAGAUUAUUUGUUUUAAUUGUAAUAGGCCAGGUCAUAUUUCCCGUGACUGUAGAAGCAAGUCAGUAUCUUGUUAUUGUUGUGGUUAUAAAGGUGUGACCAUAUCUUCUUGCCCUAAGUGUUGUAUUUCGAAUAGAUCUAAGAUCAAUAGACUUUACAGGCCAUCGUUGAACCCAAUUUUUGAAAAGAAAGGAUUUGAUAGUCGUCCUCAUAUUAAUUAUUUGGAAGUUGAUGUAGAUAGAAUACACCCUUGAUUCGAUAAUUUGAGAUCAAAGAUACUCCGAUC